AUGCCGCACGAUAAGAAAACAGCUCGGCGAAGUCGAUCUCGUGAUCGCGAUCGGGAACGUGAGCGUGAUCGGGAGCGACGCGAACGUCGACGCAGUAGAAGCCGGUCGAAAGACCGCAAGAAAGACAGAAAACGAUCCAGAUCUAGGGAACGAUCUCGAGAACGGGACAGAUCGCGAGAAAGGGAUCGCGAUCGUUCAAGGGAACGAAGAGACAUUAAGGACAGAUCGAAAGAUGACAAGAAACGAAAAAACAGUCCUAUACUUGCCAAUGAGGAUGAUUCAAAGAAGGAUUUGAAAAACGAUGCCAAGAAGGAAGAAGAAGAAACAGAGGAUAAGACCAAGUUAGCACUAAAGAAAGAACCAUUAAGCUUGGAAGAGCUAUUGGCUAAAAAGAAAGCAGAGGAGGAAGCUCGUGCCAAGCCCAAGUUCCUUAGUAAAGAAGAACGUGCUGCUUUGGCAUUGGAAAAGCGUCAAAAAGAAGUUGAGGCGAUAAGAAAACAGCAGGAGGAGGACCGCAAAUCUCUAUUUCACAAUGACAACACCAGCAAAGAGAGAGAAUGGGAUGAUAGAGACAGGAGAAGAGAAGCACAGCGUUCACGCGAGGAUGAGAUCAAGGAUAAGGACAAGGAGAAAGAAGUAGAGGCCAUCAAGGAGCGAUAUUUAGGUCUGAUUAAAAAGAAGCGUCGAGUCAGGAGACUAAAUGAUCGUAAGUUUGUUUUUGACUGGGAUACUUCAGAAGACACCUCUGUAGAUUAUAACAGUAUCUACAAGGAACGACACCAAGUACAGUUCUUUGGUAGAGGUAAUCUGGCGGGUAUUGAUAUUAAGGCGCAGAAGCGAGACCAGAGCAAGUUUUAUGGCGAAUUAUUAGAAAAGAGACGCACAGAAGCUGAAAAAGAACAAGAAAAGAUGAGAUUAAAGAAAGUGAAACGGAAAGAAGAGAAGCAAAAGUGGGAUGAUCGACACUGGUCUGAGAAGGCACUGAACGAGAUGACUGAGCGCGACUGGCGUAUUUUCCGUGAAGACUACAAUAUCACGAUAAAGGGCGGUCGCAUUCCCGAUCCUAUUCGAUCCUGGAAAGAGUCAGGCUUUCCCAAAGAGAUCCUGGAUAUUAUCGACAAAGUUGGCUAUAAAGAUCUCACGCCUAUUCAGCGACAGGCGAUUCCUAUCGGUCUGCAGAAUCGCGACAUUAUUGGCGUCGCAGAGACUGGUUCGGGUAAAACACUCGCGUUUUUAAUUCCGCUGCUACUGUGGAUUACCAGCUUGCCAAAAAUCGAAAGACUCGAGGAGGCGGAUCAAGGACCCUACAGUAUCAUUUUAGCACCUACACGUGAAUUGGCACAGCAAAUAGAAGAAGAGACCAACAAAUUUGGACAGCCAUUGGGUAUUCGGACUGUCGUGGUGGUGGGUGGUCUCUCUCGAGAGGAACAAGGUUUCAGAUUAAGAAUGGGUUGUGAGAUUGUCAUCGCUACACCUGGACGUUUGAUAGAUGUUUUGGAAAAUCGAUAUCUCGUAUUGAAUCAAUGUACUUAUAUUGUGCUGGAUGAAGCUGACAGAAUGAUAGACAUGGGUUUUGAGCCAGACGUUCAAAAAAUUUUGGAGUAUAUGCCUGUGACAAAUCUAAAACCAGACAAUGAGGACGCGGAAAACGAAGAGAAACUUUUAGCCAAUUAUAACACGAAGAAAAAAUAUAGACAAACAGUGAUGUUUACGGCUACGAUGCCUCCUGCCGUGGAACGACUAGCGAGAACGUAUCUAAGGAGACCAGCGGUCGUAUAUAUUGGCAGUGUUGGCAAACCCACUGAGCGUACCGAGCAAAUAGUUCAUAUUAUGGGCGAAGCGGAUAAACGUAAGAAACUGAUGGAGAUACUCAGCAGAGGCGUCGAACCACCUGUCAUCAUAUUCGUUAAUCAGAAGAAGGGCGCUGACGUCUUGGCAAGAGGCUUGGAGAAGUUAGGAUACAACGCUUGCACCCUGCAUGGUGGUAAAGGCCAAGAACAGCGAGAAUAUGCCCUGGCAUCGCUCAAGAGUGGUAGCAAGGAUAUUCUGGUGGCUACUGACGUUGCUGGACGUGGUAUUGACAUUAAGGAUGUGUCAAUGGUCAUCAACUAUGACAUGGCUAAAACUAUUGAAGACUACACACAUAGAAUCGGUCGAACUGGUCGUGCCGGUAAAGCUGGUCUUGCUAUUUCCUUCUGUACGAAGGAUGAUAGCCACUUAUUCUACGAUCUUAAACAAACCAUCCUCGCUAGUCCGAUAUCUACUUGCCCACCAGAGCUUCUCAAUCAUCCUGAUGCACAGCACAAGCCUGGAACAGUAGUUACGAAGAAACGACGAGAAGAGAAGAUAUUUGCUUGAAUCAUCUCGAUCAGAGAAUUCUUCUUUGCAUUUAGAAUCUGAUUGAUCUAUGAAUCAAAUGUUGCAGUGUUAAAGGAUGAUUUUGCAGAUUCAGAUAAUCAAUCAGAUGCAAUUGUUAAAUUGUAAAACAGUCUGGAAAUCCACUGACGUUUACUACAUUUUUACUAAGCAAAACAGACAUCAGAUUGGAUAAGGAGUACGUUUGUGUACUUUAAAAUUAUAUUACUUCCGUACAAUAUUUACUUUGAAUUUUUGGAGUUUAUACACUGGAGUUUAUAAACUGAGGAGUUUAUACACAAAGAAAGUCAAUAUCGUGAACAUUAAUGGUGUUAAUAAUUAUUUACAGUAUGAGCAAAAUAUACAAUUAUAUGUGAAAUUGUGACAUAGCGAUAUGUUAUAUUUGUGACAAAUAACGAUCUCUAUAAUUAUGGAA